AUGAACGAUGCAGAUGUAUCGAAACAGAUACAACAGAUGGUUGCAUUCAUUCGGCAAGAAGCCGAAGAGAAAGCUAACGAGAUCUCCGUCUCUGCUGAAGAGGAAUUCAACAUUCACAAAAUGCAAAUGGUCGACACCGAUAAGAAGAAAAUAAAACAGGAAUACGAGCGCAAGACCAAGCAAGUCGAGGUUAAAAAGAAAAUUGAAUACUCGAUGCAACUGAAUGCAUCGCGUAUCAAAGUUCUUCAAGCACAAGACGACGUGGUAGUCGCCAUGAAAGAAUCGGCUCGAAAGGAGCUUCUUAAUGUUUCUAGUAACCGAAGAACUUAUAAAGAUCUCGUCCACAGCUUGAUUCUUCAGGGUCUCUUAAGGUUGCGGGAGCCUUCGGUGGUGUUGCGGUGCCGAGAGAUUGACGUUACGCUUGUCGAGGGUGUUCUCGAGGAGGCAAAAAAAGCAUACGUUGCAAAAACAAAAUUAUCGUCUCCGAAAAUCGAUAUCGAUAGAAAAGAGUAUCUCCCGGCUCCUCCGAACAACAAUGACCCUCAUCGUCCUUCAUGGUAA